AGAGAGAGAGAGAGAGAGCCAGCAAGACCAGAUGGAACAUUGACCUUAAAUGGUAAAAGCUCCCAGGAGUGAGAGAGAGGCUGGGCUCAGAAUAGCAGGAAUUAGUCUGUCACUCAGUUUAUGUAUGUAGGGUGAUCCAAAUAACCGGGUUCUGAAAGGUUUUAUUCACCGGCUGUGAGCAGAUUCGAGCUUCGUGUGUCUGUUGCUGCUGACAAGAAACAGGAAACAGAUGUGUGGCUUAUAUCUCAGGAGAUCCUUGCCCAUUUAGAGCCACAGUCCUUCAGUAUCUACAGUGGACUGUAUUCAUAUCAUGGAGGCUGGGAACUGCACACAUCUGUCUUAGAUGCCCUUAAUCUAGAACAUUCAUCGAGUUGUCAAUCAUUUCGAAAGUUACAGGGUUUAAGACAAUUAUCAUUUGGUCAAAGUCAGUUAGAAGGAGAGAAACAUUCAUCAUCAAAGGAGCUGCUAACUGAAGACAGACAGACACAGAAAACCAACAGCAGGAACAGCUCAGACAGAGCUUCCCAGGAAGUCGUUGAGGAGCAAAGAUUAAGCCCAGAAUCUGAAGCACAGUCUGCAGCACCCGCAGUAUCAGAAGGCGAAGAUUACACCCCAUGCUACUCCCUUCGAACAUUGCUGAGCCAAUUUGUUUUGCCAGGGGCUGACCCAUCUUGUCCUUCCCUUAGUUCUCUGACUCGCAGUCCACAUUGCAUUGUAGCUCCCACCAUGCCCACCCUGCCUGAGGAGGAAGAAGGCAGCGAGGAUCAGGAGAGUUCUUCAUCCAGUGUUCUAGGAUCUGAUCCCAGGAUGAGUGAGACACCAGCAAUAGUUCUCCCAGACAUCACCAGCUCUCCAGACAGGGAGUUGGAUCAAACAUCACAGAUAAGAUCCCAUAGUCCUAUUCAGAGACGGUCCAGCCGGAACUCCAGAACUUCCUUCUCCUCAACAAGUUCCCUGACCUCUGUUGAUGGUGAUGGCCAUAUCUAUGAUCUAGUGAAUGACAAGUUACCAGAAGUGCAGCUUUCAGAUGAAGAUAAGAAGAAAAAUGCCGAACUGCUGGAGGAAGCAAAGAAGAUCAGUGAGAGGUUUCUCACGCGUCGCUGCCGCCGUUCCAGAAACAGCACUUCUGACUCUCCGCCAGCACUCACUCCAUCACGGACACCAAUAGCUUCCCCGAGCCCUUCCAGAAGUAACUCUGUGACCAUACAACCACAGAUUGAUCCAUGCACUGCAAACUGUGUAGGAACAACGGUUGUGACUUCAACUCAAGCAGGGGAGAAACCUCCUCCAUCAUCCAACAGAGAGAAAGAAAUGAAGCUUUUGGAAGUCCCUGGCACAAGAGAACAGGACAUUCAAUUAAAUUCUGAGAAACACACCAGAAAAAUAUCUCCGACCAGAAAGAAAGUGGAAGCCAGAAAGUUAUCCCCAGCACCAGUGAGUUCCCAAGUCCUUCCUUCUGCAAAAUUUUCAGAGGCAUCAAUCCAACCGGUUUUACUGGGAACUGAUGCCUGUAGAGAAUCCAAGUCAAUGGAAAAGAGUGACCAUGUCAAAGUAAACCUCAACAUAGAUUCCAAUGGGGCAGCACAUGCUUUGGGUAGUCCUACAAAGCUGGGAACUCCAGAGUACAAGCAAUGUCCUUUAAGGCCCUCUCAGCUUCCAGUUUCUGAAUUAGCCACUCCAAAGCCUGCCCCUGAAAACACAGAGCAGACUGUUCCUCGCUCCAGAAUGCCCUGUAGGGCUGAAAUCAAGUCGUUUAGUUCACAGCCUCUGUUGCGUGCCGUUUCCUGGGAAUGUCUGGAGGUCGAUGAGGAACUAAGCUCACCGCCACAAUCACCACCCAAGGCAGAAGAGAGAUUUGGAUUCAGUGAAGUGUUUGAUGCCAGUCAACUGAAAGCAUCCAACUGCAAAGACUUAUCUGUGCAACCGAAGAUGCAGAAACUUGCCAAGCUCCGAGAGGAAAAUAAAAUGAUGAGGAACCAAAACCUGUCAGCAUUGAGAUUACCGGAUCUCAGUGAAACAAUCGAACAAGACAGAGGUCCGUCUCCUACGCCCUGCCCAGCAGCCGAAGGGAGUAAAGGCAAUUCUGACAUCACGCCAAAUAUCCCAGACUCUCUGUUGAGGAAGUUGAAGGUUCACAGAUCACUGCCUGGAGGUCUGCCUCCCCUGACUGAGAAGGAAGUUGAGAAUACAUUUAUACAGCUCUCCCUGGCUUUUAAGAAUGAUAGUUAUACAUUGGAAGCAAGGCUGGGUCUGGCAGAGAGAGCGAGAAACCUUGCUGAGGAAAAUACAGAAAAGGAACUCGAAAACUUCAAAGCAGAGAUGAAGUCCUCAACUUCACUUUGGGUACACUCUGACCAACGAGAUGCUCAGCAGAGGCUCCUAGAGACCAUCACUGUCCUCCAACGGUUGGCUGUCAGACUGUCUGGUCGAGCUGAAAUGGUGGGGGCUGUUCGACAGGAGAAACGAAUGUCCAAGGCCACGGAGGUGAUGAUGCAGUACGUGGAGAACUUGAAGAGGAUGUAUGAGAAGGAUCAUGCUGAGCUAACAGAAUUCAAGAAGCUGGCCAAUCAGAAUUCAAACCGUACUUAUGGCCCAUACGGAGAUAGUAGUGAUGAUGGAGUUCCCAGAACAGCCCGAUCAAUGUCCCUCACAUUGGGAAAGACUGUACCUCGCAGGAGGGUCAGUGUAGCAGUGGUUCCAAAGUUUAUUAACUUUCCCGGGCAGCCUGCCAUCGCUACCGUGGCAGAACCAAAUAGCAAUGGCAGCAGCACCAGCACUGUGACUACCAAUACCACCAGCCCCAGCAGCUCCAGCACCAUCAAUGCCUGCAACUCCAGUGGGAUUAACAUGUAUUCCAGUCCAACACUGGCUCCUCUCAUCGAACACGGGAAGCAAAAUGGUGAUAAGGAGAAUGAAUGUCCUACUCCAGGCAAAGUCCAACCGGUCAAGGUCGAGAUAACUAGCUCAGAGACAAAAGCCAGGAUUGAAGAGGAAGCUUACAAUAAAGGUUACCAAGAAGGUUUGAAAGCCCAACUCAGCCAGGAACAGAAGGAGUUGCAUGACAUCCCUGAGAAGGUGGAGGAGCACAACUUAGAGAAACAACCAGAACUCAACUUCAAAGAAGAAAGGAAAUGCAGUAAGUUUGAAGAAGUUUCAGAGCUGAUCGACAGACUGUGCCCGAAGUGUUUGAGACAUCGCAGUGCAAUCUGGAUUGUGGGGGCUGUGGUACUAUUCUUUGCAGUUCUCAUCAGCAUCUUCAGCUCCGUCCAUUAUCCGUGCAGUGAUCAGUCAGACACUCCAAGCAGGAAGAGCAGCUGCUCGGCGGUGCAGAAAUAUCUCUGGCCUUUCUCAGGAUCACGACACAAGAACCGGGAACAGGUGUAACGGAAAGUUCCAAUUUCUGAGGAGCGAGAGCACAAAUCAUUCCACAAUCAAAUACCAGGGAGACAGCUUUCACAAGACUUCCAAAGGCGUGUGAACACAGGCAUUUAUAGAACCAUCGUUGCUUGAACCAUCCACCAACACAAUGAUCAGCUGCUAACUUACAACUAGGAACAGCAUAGUUUAUGUAGCCCUCUAAGAUAUUCCAACUAUUUAACUGUUUUAUCCUUAAAGGUGUUUAAUCAUUUUAUUGUUUGUGUGUUUAAAUGUUGAUUGUCGGCGUAAGUAAAUAUUCAUACUUCUGAACAAUCUUGUUGCAAACUGUUUCCUAUUUUACUUCUGUGAGCUGGAAGACAAAUCAGGUGAUUUAUUUUAGCUAUUACAUUGCUGUUAUUGGCUACUUCUUACCUGAUUUUAAUUCUUCAUGAUGAAUUACCCAAAAUAGGACAGUCACAAUGCUGGUUGUGAUCAAACUAUAUCGUGCUCUAGUCAGUCCCACUUUGGAGUAUUGUGUCAUGUUCCAGCAAUGGAGACAAUGGAGCAACAUUCAAACACUGGAGGCCGAACAGAGAAGAGCCACAAAUCUAAGAUCAUCAAAGGGUCAGAGUAAUGAAAAUACUGGAAAGAAAGUUUUGAAAGGAGAGAACUGAGAGGUGAUCUUAAACAAUUUGUUAAAAUAAAUAAAGACUGCAACUUAAACCAGAAGAGCAGGAUAAAGGAAAACUAGUUCAAACUGGUUAAUAAAAGGCAAGUUCAAGCAAAUAAAUGGCAAAUCCAGCUCUUUUUCCUUUGCCCAGAGAAAUGGAUGCAUGUGGAAUGAAAGCUUGAAUAGGGUAGUGGGAAGUAACAACCCAGGGAAGUUUAGGGAUAGGAGCAUCUCCAUUGAUGGAUGAAUGGAAUUGAUAGGGUCGAUCUUCAUGGAUUAACAUUCAGCGAGACCUUCUACAUCCCCCAUGAUUUUGUGACCUUUACUUUUAAUGAUUAUUUCAAGAGUGAUGAGUUUCACUUGUUAAUACAUUGCAAUGUAACAUUCUAAUUAUUGGGCCUGUUGGUGGAACUGAAACAAUAAAAAGAAAAAGGGAAAUAAGAACACAAACUGAAAUCCCCAAGGAAUCAGACCUACUCCACCAUCUCCUAUCCAGGCUUACUUUUUCCUCUACUUUUAAACUGGGUGACAUGUUCACCCUCUAUUCCUUCUACUACCCUGACAUUUAGAACCUGAACGUUAGAGCAAGCCACUGCUGUCUUCACUGCCCAACUUUCCAUCCGGAAUGAUAUCCCCCAUCCUUCACCUGAGCAUUCCCAACUGGAGAUUUGACAGAUCAGGGAGCAUUCUCCUGCCACAGCUAUUGUGGAAGAUCAAUCUGUGAAAAAAGUGGUCUGGAGAAAUCCCAGCAGAGAUUCCAACCCCAAACUUUGCCAUCUUUUGUGGUCAGACAAUACCAUUUCUAGAAUGAUCUCGCCUAAUUCAGGGGCAAACCCACAAGUAAUUGUGUACCUUUGUUGUACUGAUUCUAAAAAUCAUAAUACAAGCAAAAGAAGAGACUUAGCUGUUAGAUGAGAGGCAACUGUACAUAAAUGCACCUUCUUAUUAUUCAUUCAUUUGAUGUGAGAGUUGCUGGCCAAGCCAGCAUUUAAUCCCACUGACAAGAUAGUGCUGAACUGCCUUCUUGAACCACUACAGUCCAUGUGGUGUAAGGACACAUAAAUGCUGUUAGGAAAGGUAUUCAAGAAUUUUGACCAGUGACAGGGAAAGAAUGGUGAUAUAUUUUCAAAUCAGAGUGGAUGGCUUGCAGGAAAACUUGCAGGUGGUCAUGUUCCCAUUCAUCUGGUGCAAGGUGAGAGAUGUUGUGGGUUUAGAAGGUGCUGUGAAGAAGCCUUUAUGAUCUGCAAAACUGCUUCUUGUAAAUGGUACGCACUGCUGCCACUGAGUGCUAAUGAUGGAGGGAGUGAAUGUUUGAGGUGGUGGAUGGACUCCUAGUCAAGUGGGCUGAUUUUAUCCUGGGUUCAUGUCAAAUUCCCUGAGUGUUGAUGGAGCUGUACUAAUUCAGGCAAGCAGAGAGUAUUCUGUCACACUCCUGACUUGUGUCUUGUGAGUAAUGGACGGGCUUUGAGAAGUCAGGAAGUGAGUUACUUGCUGCAGAAUUACCAUCCAUUGAUCUGCUUUUGUAGUCACAAUAUUUAUGUGGCUUGUCCAGUUAAAUAUUUUGGUACAUUUUAUAUAAGUUCUCAGCUGUUCUGGCUUUAAUUAAUGGAAAAUUUAAAUAAUAAAUACUUAAAAUUGUGUUGAAUUGAAUCUUACUCAAAAAUUGAAAAUGCCAGAUUAACAAUUGUGUGCAGUUACUGCAAUGGUAAUGCCCUCAUUCUAUGAUGAUAAGAUCAUUCUUAAAUUUAAUAGGCCCAUUGUAAAGUGCAAUAUUUCUGAAUAGUUCCAUUGAUUGGGCAGGGUUCCCCCACCAAAGCACUGAAAACAUUUGAAAGUAACUCAAUAAUAUUCAUCCUUCAUGUCUGAAUGUUUGCGUAUUAUAUCAAGAUCCAUGUAAAGUUUUGCACGUUAAAGCUAACACAUUGUACUGUAUAGUCCCACAUACUUGAUUUUGUUAAAAUAAAGUUUACCUAAAAUGUUUCUGUGUAA